AUGUCUCUCCUUCCCAUCGACCCCGCCGACUUCCCGGAUGUGCCUACCAAGAAGGCCCUGAUAGCCAUCGACUUUCAGAACGAUUUCCUGGCUGAUGAUGGCGCGCUGGUCGUCAGCCAACCGGAUGGCAUGGUCGCCAAUGUCGUCAGGCUAGCCGACGCCGUUCGGAACUCCGGCUAUGCUACCAAACAGACCAGGCGGCUCUGCUGCGGCUGCAGCUGCACGAGCGCGUGCCCCCCGACCGUCGCCCACGCCAUCCACACACCCCUCGAAGCCGAUCCGGAGGCCUUCCUGAGCGAAGUUGGCGGACAGAGCGGCAAGACAAAACCGCAGUGCGUCCGUAAGGGCACGAAAGGUGCGGAGCUUCUCCCUGAAUUGGCAGCAGCCAAGGGCCCAAGGGAUUAUGCCAUGACGAAAACGUAUUACUCUGCUUUUAAGUCCGGCCAGCUCCUACAACUGCUCAGGAGGCACUUCGCAACCGAGCUCUACAUUUGCGGCGCCUUAUCCAAUGUCAGUGUCUAUGCAACAGCAUUGGCAGCGAGCAGCUACGGAUUCGACAUUACCAUCGUGGAGGACUGCUGUGGCUACCGCAGCGAGGCGAGACAUAUGAAUGCGACGAGGAAACUGACCGAAAUGACUGGCUGCGAGUUCGCAACUGUCGCCGACAUCGUGCCCACCCUAAGGCCGAGACCACGGUCACGGUUGGACUUGAAUCAGCGGGCUCGGGCGAGUGCACCAAUGCCAGGCGGUGCAGCUAAUAUACCACCAGAGCUGAUUGCGGCGGCGAUGGCAGGGAACAGGCUCGGUCCCAGCAAGGGCAUUACCGUACGUCCCAAAAGCCCAGACUCCCUAUCGCCACCCAAUGCCCCUGAUAGCACAGGAGAAGAGGGCAAGCCAGAGGAUGCUGCUGCUGCCGCUGCUACCCUGCCAUUGUCGCUGUCGCCAGAUCUUUCCCCCGAGAUGGAAAAGCUGAGACUAAACACCGAAGCCACAGAUUCCACCAAUUCCCCUACCCAUGAAACAACAGCAGCAGGUGUCGUCGAGCCUCUCGCCACAAAUGAAACGUCUGAGUCUGAACCAGCCAAACACCAGGCCAAGCAGGCGAUACAACCCGUGGUGAAGGAAACAGGCGCUAAGGCGGAGCGUAGAAUUUUGACACCACGCGCAAACGCGCAACGAAGGGAGACAUCAUCUCUACCCGGUCAGACAAAGGCAACAAUGGGCGCACCUCGACAUGAGUCACCCAGUGACAAAGCGAAGGCGGAACAUGGCGUAGAAAGUAAGGGGAGCUCAAAACCCAGCAGAAACCCCAUCGCCAGCGCAGAGCAAGCCAUGAAACAAUUCUUCACCUCCAAAUCACCAGCACCUGUACCAGAAAAACUAAAACCCGUCAAGAUGGCACAGGAGGAAUUCGUGCCUUCUGAAGAGCUACUGACGGCUGAGACGCCUCAUGACCAGAAAGAAGGCUCUUAUCCUGCUGGAAACGAUGUGAGGGACCCAAAGACUCUGGCAGAUACUACUAUUGCCAGAGGUUCAGAAGAGAGCAAGACAGUGCCCAAAAAUAGCAGCAGUACGCCCACCGAGACCGAAAAUCUUUGCGAAGGCGAUACGACAAUCAUCCACUCCUUCCUUCCAGACCCACUCGCUUCCGGUCUCUUCGAGCGACUAUGUUCUGAAGUCCACUUCCAGAAGAUGAUGCAUCAAGGCGGCGAGGUCCCACGCUUCGUUGCCGUGCAGGGCGAACUUUUGGAAGAUGGCACGCAGCCCAUCUACCGACACCCCAGCGACGAGGCGCUUCUCUGUGUACCAUUCACACCAGCCGUUGACGCUAUUAGGACACAGGUAGAGGCCAAAGUAGGCCACAAGGUGAACCACGUGCUGAUUCAAUGCUACCGAAGCGGCAAUGAUUACAUCAGUGAGCAUAGUGACAAGACCUUGGAUGUCGUCCCGGGCUCGUUCAUCGCGAAUGUUAGCUUGGGGGCAGAGAGGACUAUGGCUUUUAGGACGAAGAGGGAUGCUCCGAUUGAGAAGGAAAGCCCUGACAAGGGAAAGGAAGGCUCUCUGCCAUCUGCAGCAACGGGUGACUCCGCACCACCGACAGUCCCAGAGGAGCCGUCGCCAACAAAGCGACAGACCAUCCGCUGCCCCAUGCCACACAACUCACUUGUCCGGAUGGGUCUCGCCACCAACAGUAAGUGGCUCCACGGCAUUCGACCCGACAAGCGGCCUACGUCGCAGAAAUCACACUUCGAACUUGCCUUCGGCGGAUAUCGCAUCAGCCUGACCUUCCGCCACAUCGCGACGUUCCUCUCUUCUACGGAUAAUCCCGACGAGCCAGUCAUAUGGGGCCAGGGUGCGGUAUCGAAAACCCGCGAUGGAGCCAGACCUGUCACCAAUGGGCAGACGCCAGAGGCCGUGACCCUGCUGAAAGCUUUUGGGAAGGAGAAUCACUCGAGCGAGUUCAACUGGGAGGAGGCCUACGGCGGCGGCUUCGAUGUUCUCCAUAUGAAGGCUGCACCACGGUAUUUCGGCUGCGGCGACACGGUGGUGGACGGGCGCGUCAAGAUCAUGCUGGCUGAGCUCGGGGUCCAGUACGCACACGGCUCCAUCGGCACAGGCAAAGGGAAUAAAACCAAUUACGGCGAUGCAGCAGACGUCGUCCCGGUGAAGUUGGUCCUCGAUGACGCCGAGCGGACGACCAUCACUGGCGAUGUCGCCAUCAUGCUCUACCUAGACGCGCGGCACCCCAAGAAGAAGGGUACAGAGGCCGACAUGGCCAGGGUUUUCACCCGCUUCCAGGCCGCGCUCGCCCUGGGCCAGAAGUGGAAAGCCCUCACCCUGGGUGCGCUGGCCCGCGACAUUCCCAACGAGGAGAGGGUCAACCUCAUCUCGGACUUUGCGAGCGCGAACUACGUCCAGAUCAACGAUUGGAUGGCCGAGAACCUCCGGCCGCUGUGGGACGCCGGCGGCGGCGGCGACGAGCAUGGCGACCUGUUCUUCGCGGGCAACGGCGCGGGAGGGCAGCAACAGCCCACCAUCGCCGACUACGCCCUAUGGCCCGUCCUGUACGACAUCACCGAGACGUGGAGGGCCGCCGACGCCCGGUUUGAGCAGUCGUGGGCCCAGCGCGCGCGGUACACAGCGCUUGAGAAGUACUGGGUCGACUUCGCCGGGCGCAAGAGCGUCGUCGAGGUCUUCGGCCGGGACGUCACCUGGCUCUCGAGCCGGCCGGGGUCGACCCCUGGUUCGACUCGCGCUUCGACGCCUGGUUCGGGCAGGGGGACAGGGCACCAUGGCGAAAAGCAGAGCGACAAAGGCGUAAAAGAGGAUGAAGUGGGAGGAGGAUCGAAGAAUGAUGGGUUGGGGGAAAAGGGGGAGAAUGACGAUAAGUAA